CGUUACAGCGAAUCCGAGUGCAAGAGUUUAUUUUGGGACAUGCUAACAUCCGCCAUGGAUCGUCAUCAACGUCCCCAUGAUGGACCCAAAGAAAUGCAUUUGUUAUUUGACGCCAAUGACCGUAUCGGAGCGAUCCGAUAUAUAUCGUAUGAUGGUACCCAACGAGACCAGAUUGGAUUUGCUGGAACACCACAGUAUAUCCCACCAGAAUUAGUCAAUUGUCCCACUUACCAUAGUGAAUCCAGCCAUGUAUGGGGAUUAGGUAUCUCUCUUUAUCACAUGCUUGUAGGUGAUUAUCCAUUUGAAGAAACAACACAUGUCCAGACCUUUCGUCAAAUGCACUACUCAAACUUUAAGCUGCCCGAUACUUUAUCA